AUGAGAAUUGAGAAGAGAGAGAUGGCGUCGAAGGUGUUGGUGAAAGCAAAAGGAAAGGCAGGAGCAAAGGGAUCAAAGGGCGGUUCUGGUGGGGCGAACGAGAGCAACCGUUGGACAAACACAUCGAAGUGCGUGAAAGAUUGGAGCACCUGGGCGAUCAAGAAGGCGAAGGUGGUGACCCACUACGGAUUCAUCCCAUUGGUCAUCGUCAUUGGCAUGAACUCCGAGCCAAAACCCAGCAUUUACCAACUUCUCAGCCCCGUUUAA